AUGGCGCAGGUUGGAGCUAAUAUGGAGUACCAGGAGUACAAAUGGGCCUACUCAAUCAUGGAUUCAUCCAAAGUAUCGGCAUGUCUGAUCUCGAUGUUGCUGAUCGUAUACGGAAGCUUUCGAUCUUUGAAUAUGGAACGUGAAGCGAGAGAGCGAGCCGAGCGGGAGAGAGAGGCAUCACUUCUAGGUGGAAAACCACCCACCACUACUAGCUCUUCUAACAGUAAUGUUCAAACCCUGAACACAAUGCAGGCGCUAUGCUUCCCGCUCGGCUCGUCAGUGGCGCUUCUCAUUAUGUUCUUCUUUUUUGACUCUAUGCAAACACUAGUUGCUAUAUGUACUGCAAUAAUAGCGUGCGCCGCGCUUGCGUUCCUGCUGACGCCGCUGUGCCAGUACGUGGCCGGGUCGGCGGGGCUGGGCGCGGCGCGGGCGCCGGUGUGCGGGCGCUACUCGGCGCCAGAGCUGGCCGCCGCGCUCCUCGCCGCUGCCAUCGUGGCCGUCUGGGUGCUCACCGGCCACUGGCUGCUUAUGGACGCGAUGGGUAUGGGUUUGUGCGUGACAUUUAUAGCACUUAUCCGUCUGCCGUCACUAAAAGUGUCCACACUCCUUCUCACCGGUCUCCUACUGUACGACGUGUUCUGGGUCUUCUUCUCCUCCUACAUAUUCACCACCAACGUCAUGGUCAAAGUCGCGACAAGGCCAGCAGAAAAUCCAAUGAACGUAGUGGCUCGGCGCCUGCAGCUCGGCGGGGCGAUGCGCGACGCGCCCAAGCUGUCGCUGCCCGCUAAGCUCGUGUUCCCUUCCAUGCAUCAUCAGGGGCACUUCUCUAUGCUAGGGCUGGGCGACAUAGUGAUGCCGGGACUACUGUUGUGCUUCGUAUUACGUUACGAUGCCUACAAGAAGGCCACUCUUGUGUGUCAGAUGGGACAGGUGCCUGGCCCUAGAUCCAUGGGGUCCCGGUUGACGUACUUCCACUGCUCGCUGCUGGGCUACUUCCUGGGCCUGCUGACGGCCACGGUGUCGGCCGAGGUGUUCAAGGCGGCGCAGCCCGCGCUGCUCUACCUCGUGCCCUUCACGCUGCUGCCGCUGCUCACCAUGGCUUAUGUUAAGGGAGAUCUCAGAAGAAUGUGGAGUGAACCGUUCAUCGCGCCGCCCAACGGCAAGGCGGGCGCGGACUUCGACGUGUGA